AGCACAGGGCUCAAGCAAUGAUCGCGAUGCUGUAUUGCCACCAUCAGAUCGGCACUGAAGCGUGAAAUCGAUGCCCCCAAAGCGCCCACCCCAAAGUAGUGGUGGGCCAUCAGUGCCCCUUGCCAAUUCUGGAAGUACGAGGGCGGUGCCGCGAAGAGCAGACCGAGCUGAGGGUUCAAGAGGUGCGAUUCGUAGCCAGAGUGUGCCGAGGAACUCUGAAAUUUUUGAUGUGAAGGAGUCCUUUGCGGCAGAUCCCAAACCACCAGGACGUGCCAAAGCAUCUGCACAACUGCGCUCAUCUGGUCAGGGAAUGGCAUAUGCUCGAGGUGCACAGGCGAUGAGGGAACAACAGGCCCUUAGACAAAAACUGCAGGUGGGUGCUCGAGAUCGGUCUUCUUUGGUUCUGGAACUGGUUGUGCGGGUAGCGUGUGCAGCUAUGCAACAUGCGGUGAGAGAAGUGUGUGCAGUGAGAACAUGUUCACGGCAGCUGUGUGAGACAUGUUCUGAAGAUGCUGUGUGGGAGCAGUUGUACCGGCUUCGAUGGACACCUUCAUCUUCUGUCGCCACCGGUUGGCGACAGGCGUACUUGGCACGCUUGCGGAGACUUCAAGCCUCAUUUUUGGCCCGUAACCUUCCGAAUUUCGUUCGCAAGCUUCGACGUCGAGAUGGUCUACCAGACUUGAGGAAGAUUCAUGAUGCACUGCGCAUGAGCUUCUCAUUGUCUUUGUCGCAUGGUCCCAGUGCUUCCUGCCAAACAAUUGACUUCACUGAGGCAAAUGUGGAUGCUUCCAUCCAGCUCUUUGAUACUGCUUUAUGCCUUCGAUGUACUUUCUCGACAUUGAACCUCAAGUGUCCUCUUCAUUAUCAACUCCGAGGUAGAUCAUUGGCCUGUGGGAAAGAUGAGGUCUUGUUGACAUCUAGCCUUCAAAGCCCAGAAGAUUGGAGCCAGAGCUCCAUCCAAGAAGACUGCAGAUUUCUGAGAAGUCCCUGCGGCCGGGUGUUUGCAGCCUUGUGGGGCGACGACUCUUUGGCUGGGAUAUAUGUGACAUUGCACUAUGCGCAAAGCUUAUGGCCCAUCAUUGGCGCCAGUGAAGCAUGGGCAUUGUUGGCCAGACCCCCUGAGCCAGAUGAUUUGGACUCUGCACUCGGUCUUCAUGACUACACUGUUCUGUUAACACUCCGAAGUGCUAAGCAAGAAUGCUUCUCCAACGGAUUCUACAAAGUCCACCUGUUUGGUCUUGGCUCAAUCACGUCUGGAUUUGGUGGGGUCCUUGUAGACGGCCGCUGCUGUGUUGAGCAAAGCCAAGCGGCGGCUGGAUAUGUGGAGGGCAAACCAUCUUCUCGUCAAAAGCGCCGAGACAAGUCGUACAAUGCAGAGGUUUCACACUUUGAAGCCUUGGCGCCCCACGACUCGGGGGUCCAACUUCCGUUUCCCUGUCUACGAGCCCCUCAAAUCACACUCCAAACGGCAGCCUUCAAGUCGGUGCUGCAGGACCAUUGCUUUAUGGAUGUGACCGUUUUUGAUGAGCACGGGCACAUCUUUUGGGCUGUGUCAGCAGUGUGCCAGUUGUUUGAUGCCUGCCCACAUGAGUCUUCCAUUUUGCAACACAGGCAUGUGCAGGUCGAUUUCGAUCGUGGCAGUUCAGCGUCCACUUCUGGCAGAGCAGCUUCAGUCCGGUGGCUUUGCUUGGCUGAUCGUGGAGCUGCCCAAAUCCUUGUGCAGCUGGACUUUGACUGCUUUUCUGGAGGCCUCACACUGUUAUUUUUGAAGUCUCCCUCGUUUAGGAGGUUCAAUUGUUUAGAGUUGCUGGGUGACUGGAUGACCCCAGACCCGGCCAUUCGCGAUCGCGACCGCUGUGGGACCGAAGCCGCAUGGAGCCGAGGAAGCGAUCGACAACUCCCGCGGGUCAAUGCCGUGACAUUGCAUCCAGAAGUGGACUUUCUCGAUCAAUGGUGGAGCUCCAAAUACGCACAGACUGCCAAAGGCAAGCCUCAUUUUGUUCCAGAUCCUGACCGAUGAGACCAGUGACAAGCCUUUGUUUGCCUUGGUGGACAGCCAGGAAUAUGUACAGAUGCAUUCUGGAACAUUGGAGAGCCCAAGGAAAAAAGUUGCGAGACUCACAUGUCGCAUAUCUUUUGACGACCUAACGGAGCCUGUGCGCGCAAGUUGGCCGCAGCGGCUGCAAGUGAGUUGCUGCCGGCAUAAAGGACUCAACCUCAGCCUGCUCGAAUGAAAUCAUGUUGGCUUGUGCACUUCGUUUUCUGUGCUCAUGCCCACACUCAGUAAACCAGAGGCCCGAACGCAGCC